CUUUGCGUCCCCGUAGAGGGAGCCGGACACGACUGCCUCCACACAUUUGGGAAUUUUGAUUUGCGUGUGGCAUUUUAUCCGUCGAUAUAACCUGAGAUUUCUAUGAGAGAAAGAAGUGGGAUAUUACUCUGAAGGAGCCUCCAAUACAAGGAAUUUGAAAGUGGGCUGCGUCACUGAGUGUGAAGGGGAGCAACCAUGGCUGAAGUGGCGAGCAUGACCAACCUGGAAACUAUGGAGACUGUUGAUAACAUGAACGACACAGAGGAGGUUCACACCGAGGAAGAGGAGGUUCACACCGAGGAAGAUGAGGUUCACACUGAAGAGGAGGAAGUAGAAGAAAAAAUCAAAGAGGAGGUCCAAAGCUCCACUGACAACACAACGACAGUAGAUGAGGCCAAGGAGGAUAAGAGUGCAAUGGAAGAGGAAAAGCCUGACACAGUCAAAAGUGAGGAUGUAGAGGCUGUGCAGGAUGUCAAGAUAGAUGCAGAGAGUGUGAGUGAGGAUGCUAACAUGAAGGAUGUACAAAGCAGUGCUGAUAUUGAAAAGGUAAACAAUGAGGCGAGUAUGAAUGGUGAUGCAAAGGAACCUGAGACACCAACUAUGAAUGGAGUUGAGAGCAUGGAUGAGGACAAACAGAAAACUGAUAGUCACACAGACGCUGCAACUGAAACCAAACGGACGAGGAGCAGGAAAGGAGCCAGAGAAGGAAGAGCUCCGCGGGACGCCAGCAUGACAGACAUAAAGAAUAUUGCCGAUAUCGUAUGUGAGGAGGACGACGAUGUAAAUGAAGUGCAGCUAAAACAAGAGAAACUCUUCAAAGCCGGUAAGCCCGUGCAGAGGAGCUACGUGCCAAAGAUUGGGAAAGGAGACGUGAAGAACAAGUUUGAGGCCAUGCAGAAGGCCAGGGAGGAGCGCAGCCGGGCAAGGAACCAGGACGAGCAGGCUAAGAGGAAGGAGCAGUACAUCAAGGAGAGAGAGUAUAACCGCCGCAAACAGGAGAUAAAAGAGCUCUUGGCAUCCAGCGAUGAGGAGGACGUGAAACCGGCAAAACUAGAGAAAUCGUAUGUCCCCAAGAUCACAGGCAGCGUGAAGGGAAAGUUUGCUGAGAUGGAGAAACAGAGGCAAGAGGUGGAGAGGAAGAGGACAGAGGAGGAGAGGAAGAAACGCGUCGCUCAGGAAACCCUGGAGAAGGCAAAGAUCCAGAAAGAGCUGGCCAAGAAGGCCGAGGAGACACACUCUACUUUACAGGAAGGAGACGACACCAUCCUGGUGCGAGUGGUCCCAGCCAAGCCAUUCAAGCCUCCAGGUAAGAUUAAGAUGAACUUCGAGGACAUGGAGAAGAGCCGUGAGGAAGAGGAGAAGAAGAAGGCCGAGGAGGAGAAGAAGAAGAGAUAUGACGAGAACAGGCGCUCCUUCCGUGAAGUCAAGCGCCGCUCCAUGGCCCCACAGGAGGAGGAUGCGCAGCCCAGAGAGAGGGAGCAGGUGUGUCCUGGCAAGCUGAAGAUGACGUUCGAGGAGCUGGAGAAGGAGCGGCAGGAGCAGCAGAAGAGGCAGGCUGAGGAGGUGGCCAAGCGGCGCCUGCUGGAGGAGAAGAAAGCCUUUGAAGAGGCCAAGUCCCAAAUGGGGGAUGAUGAUGAGGAAAGCAUGCAAGAUGACCACGGGGACAAGGAGGAGAUCAGGCCAGGCAAGCUGAGACUGAGCUUCGAGGAGCUGGAGAGGCAAAGAGUGGAGGAGGAACGCAAGCGGGCCGAGAAGGAGGCCAAGAGACGGAUGGAGGAGGAGAGGAGAGCUUUUGCCGAGGCUAGGAAGAGCAUGAUCCUAGAUGAGGAUGAUGAUGUCUUGCUGGCCAUGAUCAAUGCUGAGGGUGCCAAACCAGGGAAGCUGGGCAUCAGCUUUGAGGAGCUGGAGAGGCAGAGGAGGGAGGAGGAGCAGAAAAGGAAGGAGGAGGAGGCCAAGCGCCGCUUGGAGGAGGAGAAGAAGCUCUUUGCCGAGGCUCGCAAGAACAUGAGCCCAGGAGGGGAUCAGGAAAGGUCAAUGACUUCAUAUGGAGAUGGAGAAGCACAGGACGAUGAUGACGGGGGUCUGAUGAAGACAACAUCUCAGGAAGCCCUGCACCCUGGGAGGCUGGAGAUCAACUUCGAGGAGAUGCUGAAGAUGAAAGAGGAGGCCGAGAGGAAACGCAAGGAGGAGGAGAGGCGGAAGAAAAUGGAGAUGGAGAAGUUGGAGUUUGAACAGCUCCGACAAGAGAUGGAGGAGGAUGUGGUGAACGAAAGCACGGACACGGUGAGUGCCGAGUACGCAGAGCUCACAAAGCUGAAGCGAACUGGUUCCAUUCAAGCCAAGAACCUGAAGUCCAAGUUUGAGAAGAUCAAACAGCUGACUGACGAGGAGAUUCAGAAGAAAAUUGAGGAGGAGAGAGCGAGAAGGAAAGCCGUUGAUCUUGAAAUCAAAGAGAGGGAAGCGGAACGAUUCCAGGAGGAUGAAGAGGAAAACAGACAUGAUGCUGCAAAAGAGAUGGACGCGCCAUUUAAGCAGAAGGUGGACAUGCGCGCACGCUUUGAGCAAAUGGCCAAGGCCCGGGAGGAGGAGGAGAGGAGGAGGAUUGAGGAGCAGAAGUUGCAGAGGAUGCAGUUUGAACAGCAGGAGAUUGACGCGGCUCUCCAAAAAACAAAGGACGAUGAGGACGAGGAAGAGGGAAGCAUCAUCAACGGCUCGGCAGCCUACGAUGAUGAAGAGGACCACGCCAGGUCUGGGGCUCCGUGGUUCAAAAAGCCCCUGAAAAACCAGUCAGUGGUGGACGCCGAGCCCGUCCGGUUCACGGUGAAGAUCACAGGCGAGCCCAAGCCUGAGGUCACCUGGUGGUUCGAGGGAGAACAGCUCCCAGACAGCGAGGACUACCAGUACAUUGAGCGCGGGGAGACAUACUGCCUCUACCUGCCGGAAACCUUCCCUGAGGACGAGGGAGAGUACAUGUGCAAAGCCGUCAACAGCCGAGGCACAGCCGCCAGCACAUGCAUCCUCACAGUGGAAACGGAGGACUACUGAUUCACCCCUUCUGUGGAACUUUCCCCUUGUUUUUUUCUGUUCUUUUUUUUGUAAAUCUUGAUCUUCAUUUCUCAUGGUAGGGCCAAACAAUAGGGAGGAGGCAGCAGCAUUACAUUGUUAUUUCAUAUUUUAUUUCUUUCUCUCUCUUGCCAUUCCUCCAAAGGAGAACAUAAACUGCUAUCAGUGCAAAAAUGUUGUUUACAUAUAACUGUACACAAACCUGCACUCACUUACAAUAAUCAUGUUCAAAUCUGAAAGAAAUCUGUGCCAAAACUCAAGUUUUGCUCCCGACAUGUGGUUACUAUCAUGAACUGUGCAUAAAUUAUACUGUUUUUAAAACUCUUACAUUAAUGUCAUGAAACUUUCAAAGGGUUUGGUCCGAGACCCUCAUUACACUGAUGAUUUCCAACAGUAACAAAUAAGAUAAAAAUUACAUAAAAUGAUAUUCCUUCUUAUGAUUUGAUGUUUCUUUUUUAAGCUCAAAAUGAGUAUCAAAAGUGUAGCUUUGCUUUGCAUACCAAUUAUAUUUCUGUUUAGAAUCUUUUACUUUUACAUUUUGUGAUUUAAGUAUCUGAUUUAUGUUAAUUUUGACUGAAUGUAAGUUUUCAUAUCUCCAAAAGUUUUUCAUGUACUGAAUGUUGACUCUAUCAGAAUGGACAUUAAGGCACUGUAAUAGCACUAGCCUAUAACAAUAGUUACAAAUGUGGCUUUGGUUAGACAGAAUAUUUGUGAUAAAUGAAAAUUAUAAUUAAAAAAAAAA